AUGGCGUUCUCAAUCCUGCUUUCUCUGUUCGCUCUCCUCCCAGUGGCAUUCGCAAACAAACCGCGCUGCUUUGAAUUCAACCAUCCAAUCCAUGUAUCUCUGACUGUUCCAACAUUCAACGUGCCAGAGUUCAGCAACAGCUACGAAUCAACCGCAUUCCUCACUGCGUCUGUCUCUCGCAACGCAAAUCUCAGCUCGCUUGUGACUGGAGAGACACAAAUUAACCAGAGCUUUAACAUCCAUUUCCAGUACUGUGAGCCUGAGAAGUCUACAAGGGCACCUGAUGUCCUCCAGGUGCUCUCCCAUGGUGUUGGGUUUGAUCAUUCGUACUGGAGCUUUGGUGACAAGAACUACAACUACAUCACCUCCGCAACGACCAAUGGCUACGCAACACUGUCCUACGACCGCCUCGGCGUCAGCCUUUCUGAGCACGCCAAUCCAUACUCCGAGAUCCAAGUCCCAACCCAAGUCGCUCUCCUCGCAGAAAUAUCCAGGUUACUUCAGAGCGGAAAACUGAACAAGCGAAUUCCCAAAACAAAGAAACUAGUCCAUGUCGGCCACAGUUUUGGGUCCCUUAUCACAAACGGCCUUAUUGCAGCCAACCCAUCACUAUCGGAUGCUGUGGUUCUGACAGGAUUCAGCCACAAUACCUCCUGGACGCCCCUUUUCGAACUAUGUCUUGGAUUCGAGCUCGCGCGCACGAAUAACCCGACUCGCUUCCACCGUUAUGAGUCAGGAUACCUUACCUGGGGCAACGAGUACGAUAAUCAAUGCGCGUUCUACACGUAUCCCUUCUUCGAUACGCCUGUUCUCAAGGAAGCCGAGAGUAUCAAGGCCCCCUUUGCCAUUUCAGAGCUUCUUUCCUUUGCGAGCGUCCCAUUGGCUGCUCCGAAGUUUACCGGGCCAGUACUUAUGCUGUCCGGACAAUCGGAUCUACCAUUUUGUGGCGGAGACUGUACCGGUGUGCUUGAGGGGCCCGAAUCACUUUCUCCGUUUGUCUUUCCGAGUGCGUCGCCUUUUGCGGCUUACAUCCAGCCGAAUACGGGGCAUGCCGUGAACCUGCAUCAUAAUGCCUCCGCUGCGUAUGAGGUCAUUCAUGGCUUUCUAAAGCAGUAUGCCCACUGA